AUGAACAUCCGCGAGCGCGUCUCGGAGCUGGCCGCUUAUGCCAACGCCGCAGCGGUCAGCACGGUGGAGAAAGUUCACGGGGCAGCCGCCGCCGAGGCCUUCUUUGAGAAGGUGCGCGUGGACCCGGCCGUGUUGCAGUUACUCCAGGACGCGGUGGAACGGAAGAAGGGUGAGUUCAUUGGCGCACGCUUGGAGGUGCAGCUACUCGCUGUGUGGUUGACGCGGUUGUGGUUCAACUGCGACGGCGGGGUCGGGCGCGUCCAGACGACGUAUCGCGAGGAGUCGGGCGGCGACAUGGCGGAGGGUCGCGGCUUGGAUGUCGUUGCCUUUCAGCGCGCGCCUAAACAGUGCGCCGUGAAACAGUCCUCGCGGGCCUCUCGCCGAGCAGUUGCAGAGUACUACAGUGCAAAUUGUCUGGCUUUCUCAGUGGGCUCGCGCGCGCUCUGGUACUUGUCGGCAGCGCCCAGCAAUUGCGCGCUGAGGGCUUUCAUAUGCGACGCGUUGGAGAACUACCUAGCCCCCCUGGUGGAGCACAUGAGAAAACACGUCAACGUCUACAGUGGCUCCGUCGUCAGAGGGGGCGGUCAUUGGGACCUCGCCGUCCGCGUCCUCAACAACAAGGAGCGCGAGUUCGGCGUGAUAUUGGGUUGGAUUGGCGUGGAUGGCGCGCUCCUCAAGCCUGUCAUUGCGAGCAAAACCGAGGACCUUGUCGACCUUCUCCCCAUGGGCAAGUACCCCGAACAGACGACUACCGUCGUUGCCGACACUCCGAAAGCCGACGGUUCGCAGGCAGUGGAUCGCUUCAGUGAGCCCCUGACAGCCAUCGCUGGCGACCCCGAUCUGUCGGAGGCGGGCGUAACGCUGCUCAGAACCGCUGUCGAGAAGACCGUGGCGACGUUCCCGGCAAGCAUGGGCGCUGAUGCCGACGGAGCCGCGGACCUUCGACGAUUCCUGCAGUUGCCGAGCGUGUCGAAGUGCCGCCUUUGGAAGAAGGAGUUCGGCGCAUACCCCCGCGGGGAGUGGCGUCGCGCAUCGCGCGGCAAGCAGCCCGAGCGGGUCCGUGGCCUUCGCGGCGUCUGGGCCGCCAAGGUCCGGGCGCAUUGCCGUCGCCUCUUGAAGCCCCUGCGAGUUGAGGGCCUGUGGGCUUGGCAGUCAGCGGCGCGGGCGAUCGGGGCCGCGGGGGUGCCCGUUCAGUCGGGCACCGUGCCCGUGGAGCGCCUGUGGGAGUGUCUUAAGGGGAUGCCCCCGCGGGGCGCUCGCACAGUGUCGCUGCGCUGGUUCAACGUCCUCAGCCAGCUCGCUUUCCUGCGGUUUAAUUACCGCCACUACGGCACUGGUUGUUUGCCACCGUGGGCAGUGCGAGACGCCCUGCUGGCGCAGCGCUUGGAGGCCGUUGUCAUGCUCGGGGUUGAGCUCGAGGAUGACGACGGCCUCGACCAUUUGAAGCACUUGUUCGCACCUUUCCUGUGA